GGCGCGUGAGCCGCGUCCCGUCCGCGCCGUCCCCGUCCCGCCCUUCGCCCUCCCCUGUUCCUCCUCCUCCUCCUCCUCUUCUUCAUCUUCUUCCUCCAAUUCCCGCUCCCGCCCUCCUCUGUGGUGCCUCAGCAGCGGCAGCGCUUCGGGUGCACACAGAUCCUGGACUUUAACUGAGUAACCUGUAUCCUGCUGACCAAGAAACCAGAUUUAAAUUCUUCUUUUUAGUUGUAUUUGUUUUGGUUUUUUUUCUUCCUUCUUCCUUGGAAGAGCUCAGCAGUGGCUCCCUGUUCACUUCAAUGACAGUGUGCUGCUAAUGGGUGUAAGUAAAUUAGAUGUCUUGUACCGAAAGCUUCUCCUCACUAAACUGUUCAUCAGAGGAUGGGGAAAGCCAGAGGAUCUGAAAAGAAUAUUUGAAUUCAGAAAGAUUAUUGGAAACAGGGAAAAAUGCCAGAAGCUGGUUUCCAAAGAUUACCCAGUGUUCAUUGACAAGGUUGAGGGGCAAUCAGACUGUAAAAUCCUUGAAGGGCACUUCAUUUCCCCCUUGGCUCAUUGUGUGCCAGGUAUCCUGCCAGUGGAAUCUCUUGUAGCAAGAUUUCAGUUCAUCAUACCCAGAAGAUGGAAUGGCAAGCACAGACCUGUGUGCAUUCAUUUAGCAGGCACUGGAGACCAUCACUUCUGGAGGAGACGCACGUUAAUGGCACGGCCAAUGAUCAAAGAAGCCUCUAUGGCUUCCCUGCUGCUAGAAAAUCCUUACUAUGGCUGUAGAAAACCUAAGGAUCAAUUACGGUCAUGUUUAAAAAAUGUCUCGGACCUGUUUGUGAUGGGAGGAGCUCUAAUUCUAGAAUCGGCAGCUCUUUUGCACUGGCUAGAGAGAGAAGGCUAUGGACCCCUAGGGAUGACUGGAAUAUCCAUGGGAGGACAUAUGGCUUCACUGGCAGUGACAAACUGGCCCAAACCAUUGCCAUUGAUCCCAUGUCUUUCCUGGUCAACAGCCUCUGCAGUCUUCACUACGGGUGUGCUGAGUAAGGCAGUGAACUGGAGAGAGCUGGAGAAACAGUAUUUCACACAGACUGUGUAUGAAGAAGAAAUCAUUCAAAUGCUUGAAUACUGUGGAACGGAUUCUUUCAAGAUGGGCCAAGACUUUGUGAAGAACUUCCCUGACAGUGUGGACAGUCUGGCAGACAUGGACAUGACUUCCAGAAUAUUCAGCUUUGAGUCCUUGAAUGACACAGUAUCUAAGGAAUCUGUUCCCAGCUUUGCCACAAAUAGAAGUGUUCUAAGUGCCUCUUCAGAAGGACUCUUAAUGCAAGAUGCUCCUAAAAUGCAGUGCAUAAAUCAAACCUUUUCCACCAGUAGCAGUAGCAAUAAAAACUUAACCAGCCCACAAGGACACAGGAUAAACACAAGGAGAAGGAGUGACACUUUACAGAGAGAAUCCUUAAUGUUCAUGAAGGGAGUAAUGGAUGAAUGUACCCACGUAGCAAACUUCCCAGUUCCAGUUGACCCAAGUUUGAUCAUAGUGGUCCAAGCCAAGGAGGAUGCGUACAUCCCUCGCACCGGCGUGCGCAGCCUGCAGGAGAUCUGGCCAGGCUGUGAAAUCAGGUAUCUGGAUGGAGGUCAUGUCAGUGCCUACCUCUUCAAACAAGGACUCUUCAGACAAGCAAUUUACGACGCAUUUGACCGCUUCCUCCAGAAAUACACCAUGUGAUCUUUCUAAUGCAUUCAGACUGAUCUCAUUUGUAAUUCAGCUUACUGGAACUCAUGUGUGGAAAACAAGCCUCUUGUAGUGUUGAGCAGAUGGUCACUGACUGUUGUAGGUAACAAUACCAGAAGUGGUGAAGUACCAGCAUUGCUUUCAUUACAACCCAGUGCCAUUCUGACACAGCUGCUUCAGCGUUACCUGUGAAAAAACAGCAGCAGAUUUUGUCAGUGCAUGGAUGGUUCAUGUACUCCAUGUCUAAUCAGGUGUGUGUUCCUUCAAUUCUGAAUAAAUUCUGAAUCCUGUGUCAAUAGAAAACAAACCAAUUAAGUAUUGGAAGGAUGUAAAAUGUGCUGUGGGCUAAGCUGCUCCCUUGUGUUUGGUGCAGUUUUGGUUUGUUCCAGAUACUUCGGUUACCUCUCGCUUCCUCAUGGCCUUGCUGUUCCUGUUGUGUUGUACCGUGGCUUUGCCAGCACUCAGCCUCUUGUGUUUGUCACUGCUUUUCUCUUCAAUUAUGAAUUGAAAAUGAGCCUCAGCAGAGGGCUCAGCACCACAUCUUGGAAAGAGAGACUUUUCCUUGGAUUGUCAAAGUGAGAGAGAGAUGUUUUCAUUCAAUACGUCUGUGAAGUUUUCCUGCUACUGAAUUAAACCGUGCCAUUACAGAAGGAUCAUGUAGCAAUUCAUCAACAACAAACUGGAAUAAGUGAAAAUCAAGUGUCUGGUAAUUAAUUGUUUACAUUAAUUCAGUUGGAUAACAUAAGCUUUCAGGUUUAUUUUCUUUUUUUGGAUUGAUAGAUGAAAUAGAAAUAUCAUUUUACUUUCUAAGCAGUUAAAUUGACAGCAGAUUAUAUGGUGCUAUAAAGACCUGUUGGAAAUACUUCAACAGAUGUCCUUUCUAAAGUGCACUCAGUGCUGAUAUGCAAAAUACACUUGCACUGUAUAAUUUAAAAGAAAUGUGAGACUAAAUGUUAUUGAAACAGUUAGGUUUGCUCCUUAUUUUUCAACACUUGUCUAAUUUAAUUUGAUGGAAAAUAAAGAAAUUUGGAUUUUGAACACAUUUAAGAAAAUCCAAAGUCUGUUGUUUCCUCUUUUGGGAUCAAAAAUGCCAACAAAUUACAGCAGAAUAAAAGGUUGUCAUGUACCAACUGUGUGGGUAUCUCUCCACAUCUUUUUUUUUUUUUUUUUUUUGUGGUAAUCUCCUAUGACAUUCUUUUAAAACCAAUCUGCAGAGAAAUUGAAAACUGAAACACUUCAGUAUUUAGAACAGUUACAACCAGGAUUAUUCUGAAACAAACAGAAAAAAUGCAGCCAUUUCUCAGGAUAUGUGACUUCUGCACCUUUCCAAUCAAGCACUUUUCAUCUCCAUGGUUACUGUAAAGGUUUUUGGUAGGCAGAGUAUGGAGCAAACAAAGCUCAGUUUAUAUAUUCUCUUGGAUUUUAGUCAGGUAGAUAGGACUAGUAAUCACUGUUCAUUUGAAAAUCAGGUGUGUUCAGAUAAAACUGAAGAGAAACAAUUCUGAAUAACCCAAAUGAUGUAACAUACAAAUUUACUGAAAAUAUAGAAGAGAUUCUAGUCUGUUGGAAGUUAAAUUGCUUCUUUCAAGUGGUUUUUCAUUAUUUCUUUGGACAGUGUUGGUUUUGUAUAUGGGGAGCAAGUGUGAAAUGACUAGCACAUUUAAACACCAAACAUUUGAAAUUUUGUUUGAAAUUAAAUAUUAGUAAGCUUACAAAUUUAAAAUUGAGUCUUGACUAAAAGAUUCACAGGGUUUACAAGCAUAUUCAUCAACUGAGAGUGCUUUACCAGAGCACUGUCUGCUGUUCAGCAGCUUUUGGAGCUCUGACUUUUUAAAUGUAAUUGUGUGCUUUGUGUCCAGCUUCUGUUGCAGCUAUGAGAAAGGGAGAUAACUGAUGGCAAGGGAAAAGGCUUGAAUAAAUGCAAGAGAGAAAAGACAGAUUUUGUAAAGGCCAGGAGUAAGCACAAAAAAAAAUCAACUCUGCUACAAAGUAUAACAUGCCAAAGUCAAUAUUUUCAAAGCGCACAAUACUGGGAAUUACACAACUGAUGGGAACUCUGCAUCCUGAGGUUAGUGUCCCAGUGCUAUUACUAACAAGGUUUAACCUACCAAAAGGGCACAGGGGGAGGUUUAGGAUAAUGCCAUCCUGCUGUGAGAGUGUCUUUUGGGACAAAUGCUACUCCUGGUUCUGACAGUGUCUUUUGGGACAAGCACUGAAAGACAGGUUUCUGACAAGAAUAAGGAAUUGCACUUUGUAACUGAAGUUGUGUUGCCAAAUAUGAAAGCCCAGUAAGCAUUAUUUAAGGGAUUUCUCAGGUUAGAAUAACAAAAAAAAAAAAAGGAAAAUUGAGCUCAGUGGUUUAUUUCUGCCACUUAUCAGACAUAGGGAGAUGGUCUGGGAAUGGGGGAAUCUUGCUGUGUAUGUGUAUUUAACCCUUGGAAAAUCGACUUUUUAAAUCAUAUUUUAAGGUUAAAUCCUAAGAAAGUAUAAAUAAUCCAUUUUGAUGUUAAAUGAGAACAUGGUUUUAAUCCAGGAGUUGCAUGAGAGAAAUAUUGUAAUAAGGUUUCUUCUGUGUAACAGGUAAACCAUUCUGUAUGUCUUAAAUUUAUUGUAAAACUGCCCUUGGUAAUUUUUUGGUUUUAAAUUUUUUCAAUAAAAG